CCUCCUCCCCCCAGUCCUGGCUGGAGCAGGGAGCCUGUCAAUCCAGGCAGGAGACAAGGCAGACAAAGGCUCAUUUGUGAAGUACCUUCUUCCAGAACCUCCUCUCUUCUCUAGCCCAAAUCCACCCAGUGAAUUGGAGCAUUUAAGACCAUUCCUCGGUCAAGAAUACUAAAAGUAAAGAAGAAGGCAAAAAAGGGCCAGAAAUCAAAAUGAAAUUUGUGGGACUUGCAUUCAUUGCCGGGCUAACUUUGCUGCUGGGAGGCCAAGCCAUGCCUGCCAGCCGACUCUCUUGCUACAGAAAGAUACUCAGAGAUGGCAACUGCCACAACCUUCCCGAAGGAGUGGCUGACCUGACACUGAUUGACGCCAAUGUCCAGGAUCGUUUCUGGAACGGGCAGGGCUGUGAGAUGACCUGCUACUGCAAUUUCAGGGAAUUGCUCUGCUGCCCAAAGGAUAUCUUCUUUGGACCAAAGAUUUCUUUUGUGAUUCCUUGCAACAAACCCUGAAAAUCUUCAUGUAUUCUGGAAAAUCCCAGCCCUGAAUUCCCACAAAUUACACUAUACCAAUACAAAUGCAUUUGUCACUUCUCUGCAAUGCCACCAGUCACAGAGUCUAUAGAUUCUUAAUUGUCCAGGAUAAGUAAAACUGUAUUCAACAAUAAAAGUUAAUUCAAAUUUA